CCAAGAGGAAGCAUGGCAAGCUGUUCAGCCUGCGGUUGCAAAGUUGAAACGAUAUUAUGAAUAUUCCACCACCCUUGAAAAUAUUAUGCCUGAUCUAUUAAAAGCACUUUGCGAAGGGAAUGUGCGAAAGAACGUAGAACAAAAUCAAUCGCUCACGAAAUUAUUAGCUGAUAUAUUGGAUUUUGCUUUCGAGUUUGACUACUUGAAGAUGAAAACACCGUCCAUCCAAAACGACUUUUCGUACUAUCGCCGAACGUUGAGUCGAGGGAAACUUGCGAGUGAA